AUGACGAACUCAUUAUCACAUAACAAUAAUCGUGACGUUGAUUCAUCAAACUCUGCUUCUGCACCGAUAACAAUUCCCAAUAACAAUACGAUUAAAAAAACUUACAGGAGGACACAACAUGUCAAAGUAUCAAAAUCCAGUAACAACUGCAGACAAAAUUUCACAAAAAGACAAUGUUUAAAGUGUAAAGAAUCUUCUAGUAAUGUUGAAAUGUUGAAAGACAAGGUAUGCAAAAUUCAGGAAUUGGUUGAUGCUAUUGCAAAAACAGCUCAAAAUAUGGCGAAUAAUUAUUCACAGCGAGAUAAUCAACCACGAAAAUGGAAGUUUGGAGGAAUAGAUCUGACAACUUCUAGUCUUGAAGAGAUUCAGGACUUGGUUUUAAAAACUACAAGUAUAAUGUUACCUUCGUCAAGUAGCAAUAACGAUGCUAAAGACAUUUCAAAUUCAUCCAUCGAACCUUCAUCUUCUUCCACCUCAGUGAGGAAGAAAACAAUAGAUUUAUCAUCUGCUGCUCCAUCAUCGUCGUCAUCACAAUUAAUAACAAGAAAACCAUUACAUUCAGAACCAUUUCAAAGUAUAGAGGAUCACCGUCAUUGUAGCCCACUACCUUCGCAUUUUCCUUCUAAUAAUGAAAGUCAAGCUUUGCGUCAAGAUUCUGGAUUCAGUGACUUAAGACAAAAUACCGAUCCAAAAACUCCAUAA